CUGGACAGGAUUGCUAUAGAGCCCCAAAGAGCCCCACAAGACAGCAGUCGUUGCUCGAACUUUGCUGUGCGCGGUGCGUGCUUCUGCUUCUAGCCGGGCCCAACGGUGUAUAUUAUGUGUUUUGCAUUUGUGCCGCUGCAUACGCGUGCAUGUGUGAGUGAGAAAAAGAAACAAGAAGCGCGAUUAGAAGAACAUUAGCUUUAACAAUUGCCCAUAAAUAGCAAUAGCAAUAGCGAAACGCAAACGCAGUUUGCAAUAACACAGCGAGAGUAAUAACCGCAGCAGCCGCAGUGCAGUCACAGUCGACGUCGCAGUCUCAGUCGUCAGCUAAUAAAAUGUGCAGGACAUAAAUCAGCAAACUACAACAACCACCCCAAGCAGCAGAAGAAGAAGAAGAAGAAGUAGCACAACUACUACUCAGCUUUAUUGUACUGUUGGCUAAGGCGGAAGGAAGCGCGUUAAGAGCGCGUUUUAGCCCACAAGUAAAAUGCAUUUACACUUUGAACGCAACAUAAAUACAAAAUGCGACUGCACAAUACUCUCGUUGUCCUGGAUGGGAAAGGUGCCAGAUGAUAUACCCGAGGAUGAGGGCUGGAAGCUGAAUCGCACGAAUUACUAUCAGGAGGGCUGGCUGGCCACGGGCAAUAUACGCGGCAUUGUGGGCGUGACCUUUACCACCUCGCACUGCCGCAAGAACAUGGACUACCCGCUGCGCACCAACUACAAUCUGCGUGGCCAUCGCUCCGAUGUUAUACUGGUCAAGUGGAAUGAGCCCUAUCAGAAGCUGGCCAGCUGCGACAGCUCGGGUAUUAUCUUUGUGUGGAUUAAAUAUGAAGGGCGCUGGUCCAUAGAGCUGAUCAAUGAUCGCAAUACGCCAGUGACGCACUUUUCCUGGUCGCAUGAUGGGCGCAUGGCGUUGAUAUGCUACCAGGAUGGCUUUGUGCUCGUCGGCUCUGUGGCUGGACAGCGCUAUUGGUCGUCCAUGCUGAACCUGGAGUCGACGAUAACCUGCGGCAUUUGGACACCCGAUGACCAGCAGGUUUACUUUGGCACCACGCAGGGUCAGGUGAUUGUUAUGGAUGUGCAUGGUGCGAUGGUGUCGCAGGUGCAGCUGUCCAACGAUGUGCCCAUCACCUCCAUGGCCUGGUCCUGCGAGAAAUUCAAAAUGGAGGAGGGCGAGGAAGCCGAGCCCGGCGUCACCAAUGCCGCCAAGCGUUCCUUUGUGCUGGCGGUCAGCUUCCAAAACGGUUAUAUCUACCUGCUAAAGUCGUUUGACGACGUCUCACCCGCACAUAUCAAUACCUGCCUUAAUGGCGCACUCGGCAUGGUCAUGGAAUGGAGCAACUCGCGCGAGCUGCUCGCCGUUGCCGGCACGCUGCGCAGCUCCAGCUCCGGGGCCACCAACGAUGAAUUGCCCACUGCGCCCAGCGCCGCCAACUGCUACAAUAAUAUGGUCAAGUUCUAUACCGAGUCGGGAACUUGCCUCUACCAGGCGCACAUACCCUGCAGCAGUCACACAGUCUCGGCCAUCACUUGGGGACACAACGACAAGCGUCUGUUUAUUGCCACGGGCACGCAGGUGCACAUUGCUUGGGUCUCGCGCCGCGUGGCCUCGCUGCAGCUGCUCUGCCGCCUGCAGAUACAAGCGAGCGUCGGCUCCGAGACGCUCUUGCCGCUGUUGCCAUUGCCUUCUAGGAUUAAGUCGCUCAUCGGCAAUCUCUUUGCUCAAACCAUUAGAUGCUGUGUACCUGAUCUCAAGUCGCUGCGUGACUUUGUGUCGCGUCCGCCGCUCUGCUCGACGCGUUUGCAUUGCACAAUGAUACGCCAUGAUGAUGACUCCAAUUUGAGCUCGGGCACCUGCUAUACGUUAUAUCUGGAAUAUCUGGGCGGCUUGGUGCCGCUGCUCAAGGGCAAACGCACCUCGAAAAUAAGACCAGAGUUUGUCAUCUUUGAUCCACAAGUGAAUGGCGAGUGCUCCAUUGAAUCCUUAUCGCUCUUGUGCUUACUUUUUUUUGCUUUUACAGAGAACUCGCUGUACUUUCAGUACACCACCGAGGCCAAGAGCAGCUCGGGCUCCAGUCAGUCCACAACGACGGGCAACAGCGGACGCACCGACUCCUCGGACAGCGACUUUGAUGAGCGUUAUCGCUAUGGCUCACCACGCACGCCGCGCAAGCGUCGAGUGCGCCCCAAGCGACGCAAUCAGACGGGCGCUGGAGCUGCAGCUGGUGGCGCUGCCAAUGAUGCCGACAGCCUGGAUGAGCUCGCCUAUGUGGACACGCUGCCCGAGGAAGUCAAGCUGGUGGAGGUGACCUCGAACAUUUGGGGCACGAAAUUCAAAAUCCAUGGACUUGCCAAAACCGUCCCAGGCAAUUUAGGCCAAGUAACCUAUAAGACGUCCCUACUGCAUUUGCAGCCGCGUCAAAUGACGCUGGUCAUAACGGAGCUGCGCGAUGACUUUCCGCCCGGACCAGAUCCCAGCUUUAAUCCCAAUCUGUUCUCCGAGGACGAAGAGGAACAUCAUCAUCAUCAACAGCAGCAGCAGCAACAACAGCAGCAGCAGCAGCUGCAGCAGGAUGCAGUGCCGCAAGUGAGCAUCACCGAAGCUGCUAAGCCGCCCAUGAUGCCAACGCGCCGUCUAACCGAAGCAAAUGCGCCACCCAUAGCACCCAUGUCGCCACGCCCAAAUCGCAUAUUGGCGCGUCAUAAAAACUCACACGGGCUAACGGUAAAUGGUGGCGGCGGCUCGGGCAGCGGCAACAACAGCUUGGGCUUGAGUCCGCUCGCCCGCGCUGAAAGCUACGAUGAUGACUCCUCCGAAUCGCAGGAGACAACGGCGGGCAGCAGUUGCACCACCGUGCUGCUGCAUCAGGCGCCUGCCACCAGCAGUGGCGCCACGCCCGGUCCCAGCUGCAGCAAGAAUAUCACGCGUCCCAAGACAAUUAGCAGCUUUAAGAACAACUACAGUCGCUCCAGUUCCAACUCCAGCUGCCAGUCGCGUCAUGCCAUCUCGCCGCUCUACUGCGAUGGCUCCGUGCCCACGCUGCAGUCGCCCAAGAACGCUGUCGCUCCCUCAGACAUCAUCUUCGAACGUCCCGCUGUCCCCGGACCAGCCCAGACCACGCUCAUGUCGUACUCAAGCAAUGCGGAUUAUGCACAGAAUGUGGUGCAGGUGAAGAAUGCGCUCAUGUCGGAGCCUGUGCGCUCCGCCAACAGUCAUGUGAAUCCUGUGCCGCUGAAUCUCAAUUUAAAUCUGGAGCGCAUGGAUGCCAGAGCGGUCAAAUGCAUGCCAUCCAGCUCCAAGCGACGUGAAAUGCUUUACAUAGACGAGGAGACGCAGUCACCCGCCGCCUGCUCCAGUGCCACAGCCAUGAAGCGCACGCCCACUGUGGUGUCCAUUGCACCCGCCUUGCCGGACUCCAUUACGCGCAGCUGCAGCGUAGGCUACCUGGACUCGGUAGCCAUAACACCUUCGGAUGAAGCUCUGUCUGCCUUGCGCAAGGAUGCGCCCAACAAGCGACUUAUACUCGUGGACAAGCGACGUCAGCGUCAGCGCAAGCGUCAGCAGCAGCAGCAACAAUCUGCGAACGCUGGACGCCAUAAACUGCAGCAGACUGGCAAAUCCAAAAGCUUGGACUCCUGCGAUCUGCUUUCGCUGCAAACUAAGCUGAGCAGCAAGGAAACUGAGCAGGUGGUGAAAAAGUUGCAGGAAAUCUCCGACAGCAGCGCCUGCAGCAGCGCUGCCAAUACGCUCUGCUUCAAGUGUCGCAACAAUAUGAAUCCCAGCAAUGCCUGCAAGCGCUGUCAGCCCAAUCUGGAUGAGAUUACAGCGGCGGUCAGCGUAGAGCCGCCUAAAGAGGCGCUGCCAGCAGCUGCAGCGCCCAAACCUGCGCCCAAGAAACGCUUUGAUGUCAUCACUAGCUUUACAGACAGUCCGCUCUUUACGCGCAAGCAUCGCUUUGGCUAUGGCAAGAAGGAAAGCAGCACGGAGCAGUCGACGCCGCUGCUGGCGCGCAAGCAGGAGCAUGGCUUUAGUUUCGUCAAGCAACUGUCCGAAGUGCGCUGGCGUCGCAAGGAGCCAGCUCAGGCACAGACUCAGGCGCAAAAUCAAGCUAACCAGCUGGAGCGACAGCAAUCCGAGGGCGGCAAUCUCAGCUGCGGCACGGUGGAGGCCACGCCCGUAGAAGCCAAGACAUCCGUCUCACUGCACACGCAGGCCUUGACUACCUUGGAGAACAUUAUCAGUCGCCUGCGUGAUCUGGACGAAGGGCGCUUGACACCGCCUUCAACGCCGCAGCGCUUGCCGCGCAGCUCUCCCGCCUCGCCAGCGGCCAGCAAAAAGAACAAACGCCAGCAAAGCAAUUCACCCAUACGCCAUAUACUCAAUUCCCCAUUGCUGAAUCGUCGGCAGCGCAAGAAACCGAGCAUUAUAGAAAGCUCCGAUGAUGAGGGCAACCAAACUCAUGGCUCGGCUGAGGAGCUUGGCAAUUCGGGCAGUGGCAGCGGCAAUGGCAAACAGUAUCGUGAUCUGGAGACAUUCCAAAAGGCGCAGCUGCGUCAAAAACUUAAACGCGGUAAGAUUGAACCCAAUGGUAGUGCCAGCUGCGCUAAUCCUGCGCCUGUGCGACGUGAGUUUGUCAUGCACAACAAGGCGCCCAUGUGGAAUGAGAUGAGUCAAGUCUAUCAGCUGGACUUUGGCGGGCGCGUCACACAGGAGUCGGCCAAGAAUUUCCAAAUCGAGUUUCGUGGCAAGCAGGUCAUGCAAUUUGGGCGCAUCGAUGGCAAUGCCUACACCUUGGACUUUCAGUAUCCCUUCUCGGCGCUGCAGGCAUUUGCAGUGGCCUUGGCCAACGUUACACAGCGUCUAAAGUAAAUCUAUUUAACAUAUUGUACUAUAUAUAUAUUAUAUAGAUGUUGCUCUUCACACGCCAGCCUAAUAGCAGCAGCAGCUAACGCUUAAUACGCAUGAAUAUUUUUUGAUACACAUAAGGCGCCUUUGCUUCUUCAUUUGUAAAUACUAAUGUAUGUCUGUAUGUAUUGUGGUCUUAGGUUUCUGUAUAAUGAAAUGAUAUACUCGUAUAUAUGAACAAAUACCACCAUUUGAUUGAAGGUAAUGCCAAAAUUUGCAAUUAUGCAAUUUUGAUAUGGAAGUGUGCAAUCUCAAAAGUCCGAUCCAUUUUUUGUGCAAUAUUUGUAUGACAAACUUUUUUCGGAUUAAGUAAAACCGCAUUGUAUGUAACUGUAAAUGUUUAAGAAAACGUAUUUUAAUGACAACACGAUUUUUUCAGUCGAACUUUUUAAAAAUCUAGUUUGUACUUAGCUUUUGUUUUCUACAUAAACUUAAUUUCGUUAUGACUUUUUAGCUUAAGAGCAAAUUAAUUGUAUUAUCAAAAGAAUUCGCUUAAAAGAAAACAAAACAAAAAGCUAAACGCUUGGCUUAAUAUAUAUAUAAACAAUUGUCUGUGUGAAACGAGUACUUAAUGCUAGCAUAAUUAAUUUUUUAUAUGUAAAAUCAACAAAUUGUGAAUGCUAGUUAAUAUUCAAAACACAAAACACAUCCUUCAAGCCCACAGUCUACAAAAUAUAAGACAUUUUGUGCUUUUCCUCUUAAAACUCUUUUUGUAGCUAGGCUUAAUUUCAAUGAAAAUUCGUUAUUGUAAUUGUUGUGAAUAUUGAAAUAAACUCAAAUUGAAUUGUAAACGACCCAAGGCGUGCU